CUCCUCUCCUUAGCCCAUCCACCUACAUCGGGGAUGAACGAAUGUCCUCUUCCCUAAGCUCUCCCCUGUCAAUCUCAAUCCAUCCGACCUCGACAAAGUGGUCAUUACACUCUGUCCACUGGUAAUAUUCCUACCAGUCUCCUUCCUCCCUAUCCACGUUCUCUCAUGUCGAACCCCCCUCCUGGCCUCGGCGGGAGCGGGGGUGGUGCUCCCGCUGGAAGUAACAGCAACAAUGGAGGAUCUAUGCGAGGUCCACCGCCUGGAUUCGGGUCACCGUCCAGUGUGUCUUCGGGGAAUAGAACAACGGGUACAAUGAGCGGAGCGGACGGAUCAGCAGGUACGACCUCUAUCAUCAAGGCCCAGAUAUCUUUCCUGGUCUCGUCGCUGGUGGAUGACACGUAUGAAAAGGCGGCGAAUGAGAUUCGUUCGCUCGCAUCCUCCAUCAUGCCAGAGAUGUACCAUCAUUUUCUCCGUCGCAGCUCGCACAUCGCCAAUCCGACCUUGCAGACGCUCUAUCAGCAUUACGCGCGGUACAAGGAUGAUCCAGCUGCUCCUCCCCCGAGUAUACCUUCAUCUGGACAUCCCAGCUUAAACUGGCGACUGCUUUGCGAGGAGGCUUUACGCGCUUCUAGAGAUAUCAACCUCGCUCCGCACUUCGUCUCCAUCAUGCUCUCACCAGCGGCGGGUACACCACUCCCCAUCCCUUCUCUCAGAUUAUUCAACCUCGCUCCAAGCCAACUCUUUACCCUUUCCGCGUUCACCCUCGCGUCACCUCAUGUCUUUCCCACAUCUCAUCCUGCUUACGAGGCCAUACAUACCAUUCUACGCCAAAGUUAUGUCCCGACAAUGGACAUUUUACGAUCACCCAGUAUCCCUUUUUGGGCCACAAAUCCAAAUGAAUCUUCAGACGACCUCUCACUGCAAGAAGCGAGAACACUCAUUCUCGCUCUGUAUCCCCGCUCUCAAUCCUCAAACGAUUCAUCCUCCCGCCCUGCCACUCCUACCAAUCCAACUUCACCUCAUCCAUCUCCUCUGACCUCGGAACAACGGACUGGUCUCUUGUCCAGCCUGGCGAUCAAGUUCUCCUCCCCAGCCAUCAUCUUACAAACGCUGUCCGCUCUUUCACCGGGAGGACCACCUAGGUCCCCGGGAUCCAUUCCAUUGGAAGAUGUACUGUUCGAGCUUGGAGAGACCUUGACUCAGGAUGAAGGAACCGUAGAGGCGGUCAUUUAUCGAUGGUGGGGUCCAUAUCUCCUGAGCGGAGACUCGCCGGAUCAUAUAAAAUCCGUUACAGAAGAAGCGGGACGGACCAUCUUGGGCAUAUUUGAUGGUCUGCAUGAGGGAAGAUCGAUCGAUAUGCACGGUGUGGUCAAAGGCAUGUGCGCGAUUGAGUCGAUCGAUUUCCCCGAUCUCAUCCGCCAACUCGACGUACCUCAUUCACCAGCAGCAUACCCCUCAUCUAUUGGAUUCCUCAUUGCCCUACUCAUGAUUCCACCCCAGCAACCCAUCCCGCCUAUCGCUGGUCUCCUGCCAGCGGAUCUAGAAAGCCCGUCAUGGACUCACCAAGACUCGCUACUCGCUAUCCUCUCCCGCUUUUCCGUCAUGGCUCCAGAUCGCCUCCCAGUCUUUCUCGUACCCAAUGCAGCGUCGCCUACGUCUUUCGCUAGAAUUAUAGAUCCUCCCACUAAUGACCAGGCUAUGAGCACGAAGAUACGACAAGCGGCAGUCGAUCUGCAGAGCGCAGGAAUGUGGAAUAUACUUGGACUGUUCAGGGUCUUGGUGGAAGCUUGUUCGAGAGCAGAAGCUGAGCCGCAGAAUGAGCAAAGGGUCGAGAUCGGCCGAAUGGCCAUUCAACUUCUCGAGCGUGGCGCAGAGGUCGUACCCGAGAUGACCCUGAUCGCGUACGAGACGCUGCCUGGACCCCUACCCUCGGUCCUUCACGACAUGCAUCGACGGCUGCUCGGCAUGUAUCUCAGCAACUCUUUCGCCCAGAUUCAAUCCUCGCAACUGGUAUUUCAUACCCUGAAGCGGGUGAAUAUCGGAGGUCUGAUGGAUGUCCUGCUCGAGUUCUAUCAAGAAAAUGAGGCCAACCUGCCUCGAAUACUGGAAAUUGCUCAGGAAGUCAAAAUCCUGGACAAGCUUUUGAGCGCAGACAAUAUCUUUUACUCUUUGGAUGUCGCUUGCCUUGCCGCCACUGAGAAGUACAUCAAUCUCGAAAAAUGGCUCGCAGACGGUGUGGAUGUCAAAGGGCACGAGUUCCUCGAGGGCGUGUUCGAUUUUGUGGAGAACAAGGUUCGAGCAGAAAUUGAUGCGAAGCACCAACCAGACUCUGCCCCGAAGCCUCCUAAUCGCUUGGACAUCGAAGUGUACUCCAUCUUCAUCCGGGUCAUUCGUCGCGCCCCCGAGCUAUCGCGCGAAGAUAUCUCUCGAUUCAAGCAUUUGAGGACCGAUAUUCUCAUCGUGAACCCGAAACUGCUCAACUUGCGCCCGGGUUCUACCGAAGAGCAAGGCUUCACGGUCGCCAAGUUUGACAAGGCAAAGACUGAGCAAGCCGACAAGAUGUUCCAGCGAAUGUACGGCGGUCACAUUCAGCUGGACGAUGUGGUCAAGGACCUGAAGCGCUUGAUGCAGUCGGAUGAUCCAAACGAUAAGGAGACAUUUGCCUGCGCCGUGCACGCUCUUUUCGACGAGCAUGCCUUCGUCAAGAAUUAUCCCCCAAACGAGCUCACCAUGACCGGUAUCCUUUUUGGAGCCAUCAUCGACUACAGAUUGGUCAAGGACAUUCCGGCAUUCGUGGCGACAAGAUACGUGCUGGACGCUUGCAAGACGCCGCCUCACGAGCCAGUCUACCAAUUUGGUAUCAACGCGCUGAGCGUUUUGCGGGCCUCAUUGGUCGAUUUCCCCGGACUCUGCCGCUCGCUUCUGGAGAUUCCGGCUCUGCACGAGUCGCAUCCGGUGCUCAUCAACGACAUUAUGAAUGCUCUGGCCGAACGAGAAGACUUGGAUCAGCAAGGCGGUGUCAAGCUCGCCUUCCCUGCUCUCAAACUGCCAGUCAUGGUUGAGGAAGGCGUCGAUGAGUUUGUCGAGCCUGAACCGACCAAGAAGGAUCGGAUCAUGUUCAUCAUCAAUCAAAUUGAUCCAAGCAACUAUGAUGCUAGAUCGAAAGACCUGAUAUCGCUCUUCGAAGACCAGUACUCCCGUUGGUUUGCACACUAUUUCAUCGACGUGCGAGUCAGUUUGGAGCAAAACAGGCACGAGAUCUAUUUGCAGCUACUGGAAGCUAUCAAUUCCCCUGUGUUGGAGCGACACGUCCUUUGGGAGACGUACCGAAAGGCAAGGGAUCUCAUCAACGCCGAAGCGACCAUCAACUCGGCGGCGGAACGUGCCACUUUGAAGACGGUCGCUUUGUGGUUGGGACGUAUCACGCUGGCACGUAACAUCCCUAUUCGACUGCGGGAUUUGUCCCUCAAAGAUCUCUUGAUUCAAGGGUUCGACAAUCAACGAUUGAUUGUGGCCAUACCGUUCGUCUGCAGUCUGCUGUCUCAAUGCGAGCACUCAGCAGUCUUCCACCUGCCAAAUCCCUGGCUCACUUCAAUCCUGAGAUUGUUAAUCGAAUUCUACCACUUUGCGACGCUCAAGCUCAACCUGAAAUUCGAGAUUGAAGUCUUGUUUAAGAACAAGCUUUACGUCGACAAGGACUCGAUUCAGCCCUCCGACGUGUUGCGAACUCACAUUCCACCACCGCCGCCCCAGGAGGAUGUUCCUGACCGCUUGCAUCAAGAGUAUCUUCGCGCGACUGCAGAACUGGAGAACGAGAACCAGCGAUUCGAGCAGCCUCCCCUGGACCCUGCAUUUGCUCGGAUGCAAGCUUUCCAGAACGAACAGGCGGCUCAAGCGGCUCAAGACGCUUUCAUGCGACGGGUCGAUGAGCUGGUGGCUUCGCUCCCGGAAUACCUUGUCUUCAGCCCAGAGUAUCCAAUAUUCACGGCGCCGACGCUUCAACGAGUUGUGCACCAUUCCAUCAAUCGCGCCAUUCGAGACAUAGUCCAGCCUGUUGUGGAGCGCUCAGUCACUAUUGCAGGUAUCUCGUCUCGAGAUCUCGUACAAAAGGACUUUGGCAUGGAAGGCGAUGCGUCAAAGAUGCGACACUCUGCACACCUUAUGGUUCAGAAUCUCGCUGGCAACCUCGCCAUUGUGACCUGCAAGGAACCUCUACGAAGUUCAAUGAUCAACAAUAUCCGGACCAUGCUGAGUCAGAAUGGAUUCACCGAGGACAACAUGCCGGAUGCCAUGAUUGCCGGUGUUGUGAACGACAAUAUCGAUGCAGGGUGCGGGGUUAUUCGCAAGGCAGCCAUGGAGAAGGCCGUCAAGGACAUCGACGUCAACCUUGCACCUCAAUACGCUGCCAGACGUGCCCAUCGCGAGGCUGGAAGUAGACAACCGUUCUGGGACGGAGCAUCGUUCGGAGUCGCCUUAUCACAUGCUGCCCUCCCAGAUGCUCUUCGACUGCACAGCGGCGGUCUGGGUCCAGCGCAGCUGCGAGUUUAUGAAGACUUUGGCGAGCCAUCGCGGAUCUUGCAGGCGACUGGACCUGCUGCGAGCGCUAACGGGGACUACGGCUAUCACCAGCAGGAUCGAUUGCUCCCAUCCGAUCAUGCCAGACGAGGCAUGGCUUCGCCUCUGUAUCCUGAUGCAGAGGUCCGAGCCCCUUCACCCCGAGUGUUAUCUGCUCAAGCGGCAUUGGAAAAGUUCCAGGAGAUUGUCCAGGAUAUCGAAAAAGUCCUUGCGCAAGCUCCUGCUCAGAGUCUGGUCUCGCUAUCACCAGAGUCUGAGAUCAGAAAUUUGCUCCGAGGUGUCAUCUAUAUCGCCAAUAGCUCAUCGAAUCGAGAAGGCACGACGCUGGUCAUUGCUCAAAAAGUCGUCCAACUAUUGUACAAGACUGCAACGCCAUUAGGACGAGAGGUAUACGUCUUCCUGCUCCAGCAGUUGUGCGAGUUGUCCAAAAAGGUCGAGAAAGAAGUCAAACAUUGGUUGAUCUAUGCCGAGGACAACCGCAAACUUAACGUCUCUGUCGUUGUCACGCUUGUAAGGACCGCAUUUAUCAACGUGCAGGAUCUCGACACUCAGCUUGCAUCCGUCAUUCGACGAGCAUACGCGCCUGAAAUGAUGGAUUUCGUCGCCGAAUUAAUUCGAGAAUGCUCUCUGGCAGAAGACGCCGUUAUCUCCAGGACUGGCUUUGCGUCGUGUCUCGCUGCGCUUCUCGAGGCUCACGACAAAAAUCGAUCCACGCAGAUUGUCGACAAGCUGCUGGGCGACAUGCGAGGUCCCCGAGCACCUCAAGACUUGGCACUUGAGCCUAUCAAAGAUUCCAGCAAGACGUCAGAUGUCGAUCCUGAGCUCAAGGAAAGGCUCACGCAGUACUUUUUGGAAUGGGUCAGGCUGUACAGCAAGUCGAAGCCUGAUACGGCGUUUGUUCCCUAUGUCACUUUCUUGACCAAGGAGAACAUUCUUCGGGGUGAUGAUGUGUCUUCGGCAUUCUACCGCACCGCAGUCAACACUGCUGUUGAUCUGGACACUGGCAAACUGGACUCGGCGCCUAGCUUUUUCGGUACAGACGCGUUGGCUAGCCUUAUCAUUUUCAUCAUCAAGCAUUGUGCAGACAAGAAUACGGCUGCGGGCAUCGAGCGACAGGUGUACUAUUUCAACAAGAUUCUCACGAUCGCAUCGUACACCUUGAUUCAGCGCCAUUCGGAGGACUCAUUCUCACAAAGACCUUGGGCUCGACUGUUCUCGAGUAUCCUCUCCGAGCUAUCGAGCUACAAGUCCGGUCUGCCCGAAACGUACGUCGGCUGCCUAAAGGCGUUCUCCAAUGUCCUUGGCUUCAUCCAACCGAUCUACGCGCCCAAAUUUGCCUUUGGCUGGUUGUCGAUCCUCUCACAUCGUCGUUUCAUGCCUGCCAUGCUGAGUCUGCCUCGAGAGGUCGGAUGGGACGACUACAAUCGUGGACUGAUGUGGCUCCUGCGGUUCCUGGAGCAUUUCCUCCAGGGCGAAAUGUCGCACCCAUCGCUUGGCAUCUAUCAAGCUACCAUUCGACUGCUGCUCGUCAUCUUGCACGACUUCCCCGAAUUCCUGGACGAGUAUUAUCAUCCUCUGACGACUGCCAUCCCCCACAACUGCCUCCAACUGCGAAACAUUGUCUUAUCUGCAUUCCCAGAUUCGAUCAAACCUCUCCCGGAUAUCUACACUCGUCUCGAUGCUCUCGUGCACGAGAUGCAGCACUUCCCUACCGUCCGAGGAGAAUACGUCGAAGCUUUGUCGGCUGGGGGUAUCCGUGCAGCCAUUGAUCAGCAUGUUCGAACGGGCAUGCCGGCGUUGCCUGCAAUCGUGAUGGAGUUGAAGAAUCGCAUUGCCGUCAAGACGAUGGCACCUGGAGGGGAGCCCAGGAUCCACUGGAACAGAACUUUGCUGCAUGCUGCGGUAUUCUACCUGGGUACUUCCUGUGUCGGGCGAACGGCGAGACAGACUGGUAUGGCAGAGUUUGAUCCCAAGGCACCCGAAGUCGCCAUCUUGACCGAGUUGGCACAUGCUUUGGAUUCGGAUGGCCAACACCACAUGCUCAGUGUCAUCGCCGAUCAGUUGCGGUACCCUUCGGCGCACACUUUGUUCUACAUCCACUUCAUGUUGUUCCUCUUCCUGCACUUCUCUCGGACCGUCGACUCGCCCGUCCCCGAAUACAUCAGCCGAGUGUUGCUGGAGCGAGUGAUUGUGCAUCGACCUCAUCCUUGGGGAUUGGUCGUAACGUUUAUCGAGUUAAUGGACAACGAGGUGUACAAUUUCUGGGGACAAGGCUUUGUCCGAGCUGAGGAAGAGAUCUUCAUGAUCUUUGUUCAAGCUCAAAAGAGUAUCGCCGGGCAGUCUAAUCAUCAAGGUGGUUUCCAUGGACAGGGUCAUGGAAGCCAGAACGAGUCGAUUGCUGGUACAAGUAGUAGUCUGCCCGUCGGAGCAUCUGCAGAGACAUAUCGCUCCGGUGCGCUUUCGGGAGAUCGGGUUGAAACCGCUAGUGGAGGAAUGUAAGGCACGCGAUGGUACUUGUUUUGGACUUUGAUCCAGCUUAGAGGAUUCACAAUCAUCCUUGUAUCAACAUCACAAAAGGUCAUUAUACGUUCUUUCUUCACGUGCAACCAAGUCUCCUCUUCUCGCUUCAUGGCCAUGGAUCAAUGACUUGGGGAUCUCCCGGCAUAAUCUGAUAUACCCCUUCCUCGAGUUGUCCUCUCAUGUUCUCACCAACCGGCCUUGACCAGAAAAACUCUCAACAGAACGCUCUCAACAGUUGUCACUUUGCGGGG